AUGUGGUCAACGUCAGAAUUCGACAUCUUGAAGUCCCAUAACAUCAGUGUGUUGGUUGAGCCAGCGUCACAAAACCCGGCCGCCCGCACCAGGCCGCCCGCACCAGGCCGCCCGCACCAGGCCGCCCGCACCAGGCCGCCCGCACCAGGCCGCCCGCACCAGGCCGCCCGCACCAGGCCGCCCGCACCCGGCCGCCCGCACCAGGCCGCCUGCACCAGGCCGCCCGCACCAGGCCGCCUGCACCAGGCUGCCCGCACCAGGCCGCCUGCACCAGGCCGCCCGCACCAGGCCGCCUGCACCAGGCCGCCCGCACCAGGCCGCCCGCACCAGGCUGCCCGCACCAGGCCGCCCGCACCAGGCCGCCCGCACCAGGCCGCCCGCACCAGGCCGCCCGCACAAGGCCGCCCGCACAAGGCCGACCGCACCAGGCCGCCCGCACCAGGCCGCCCGCACCAGGCCGCCCGCACCAGGCCGCCCGCACCAGGCCGCCCGCACCAGGCCGCCCGCACCAGGCCGCCCGCACAAGGCCGCCCGCACCAGGCCGCCCGCACAAGGCCGACCGCACCAGGCCGCCCGCACCAGGCCGCCCGCACCAGGCCGCCCGCACCAGGCCGCCCGCACCAGGCCGCCCGCACAAGGCCGCCCGCACCAGGCCGCCCGGGAUAA